GUCAGGGGUACGGUACAUGAACCUCCUCCACUCCGUUCGGCCCACUCACAAAGCACAGGCACAAACAAGACUGAGAGUUAUCGCAAGCCCCAAAGGCCACACACUUCCGCCAGCGUCCAAGGCAGAGCCGCUUUUGCCACGGGCUACCAACUCUACAGAGGCGGACAGAAUGGCUCUCCGAUACGCCCAACCCCUCGUGUUCCCCGCUGCGAAGAGCCACACAGCCACCGUCAUCUUCGCCCACGGCCUGGGUGAUACCGGUCACGGCUGGGCAUCCGCCGUGGAGAACUGGCGACGGCGACAACGGCUUGACGAGGUCAAGUUCAUCCUACCACACGCGCCCACAAUCCCCAUCACUUGCAAUGGCGGCUUCAGGAUGCCAGGUUGGUUCGACAUCAAAGUACUGGAUGGCAGUGUCGAGUCGAUGCGCGAGAACGAAGAUGCCGAGGGAAUCCGCACCUCGGCAGACUACCUGUUGUCCCUCGUCCAGUCCGAGAUUGACGCCGGCAUCCCAGCCGACCGUAUCGUGCUCGGUGGCUUCAGCCAAGGAGGAGCCAUGUCAAUCUAUACAGGCCUGACCGCCAAAGUCAAGUUCGCAGGCAUUGUGGCGCUUUCCGGCUGGCUGCUUCUCAGCAAGACCUUCCGUGAGGUGUUGGCCGCCGGCCCCAAGAUGAACGAGAACACCCCGAUCUUGACGUGCCACGGUGACUCCGACCCCCUUGUGAGGCCCGAGUUGAACAUGCUGAGCUACCAGGUGCUCAACACCUUGGGGCUGAACGUGACACGGAAGACUUACCAGGGCCUAGCUCACUCUGCAUCGCUGGAGGAGCUGGAUGACGUGGAAGCCUUUCUGAGAGAGAGACUGCCUGCCUCAGCAGACAAGGCAGCUACCGCCGCCGAAGGGGAUGGCAAGUCUGAAUUGUAAUGAUUCUGUAGACACAGCAGCGUCCGUGCCUGGAUUGAGUACCUAGGUACUUGAAGCGUCUGACUUACGGCGUACUCGAGAGAGGUGGGCCAGGAUUCCGUCAAGAAGCUUGACUUGCAACCAAGGAAAAUGUGAAAUGGCGAUUGAAGGAGGCCACGUCCGUCUAGGAGGAGAUGAGCAUUUGGUGUACUUCGUAGCUGGCACUCAAGUCGCGGGUGAUUAGAAUCAAACCGAAAUCCUGGAGAGGACUCGCGCCCAGCAGAAGAGCUGAACAGACUAGACUUUCAUAACUGUUUUUCAGACGGCUUGCUAGCG